AUGGUGUUCAUCCUCUUGGCAUGCAGUGAUAUAUGCGGGAAGAAGGUAAAUGUAACGUUGCCCUUCGAGAGGCCUCCCGAGUCACUCGAUGAGCUUUACCGCGUCGUGGAGCAGUUGUUUCGUGGGGAGGAAACGGAUAUAAAACGUACGGUCGACGGUGGCGAAUACCGGACGCGCCCCUCUGAACCCUUUACCUGCCGUCGCAUCCAGCGCUUCGAUGAUGAAACGAGAACUUGGGUGGAAGUAACAAGUGAGAAGCAGUUGGCCCCGUAUGAUCAAUUGUAUGUCUUUCGAAAGAACGCGACGCGAGCUGAUAUUUCCACUGAGCGGGAGCUACCGGAACCUCGCAGCAGCAUUCACUUCCCCCAGACGGAUGGCAGACUCAAUGGGUUAUACACUUCCAAUGCCAACCGACGUGCCAGCACGGCAACGGUGAGUCAUUUGACAAGCUCGCCGCACACGCCCACGACACAACAACAAACGGCCUCUUCGUCCCGCCGCGGUGGGGAGAGCCGCAGGUAUAGUCUCUCCCGAGAGAGGGAAAAGAGUCGCGUUACAAGCAGCAGCUGCGUUCCUGAAUGUAUUGGUGGAAAUGGUUCUCCGCAGGGGUUUGAUAUUAAUGCGCGUGCUGAUAAAGUGGUGAGGAAGCACGUAGAGGCUGUUUACUCCAUUGGAGACGCAUGCAAGAAAGGUUAUCUAACCGCACGAGAGUUUCAGGGCAUUUUUCGGUCCUGCCAUAUAGACUUCCCCUUCGAUGCUAUUGAUGAUAUAUAUCGGGUGUUCGCUGAUGACCGCGACGGGGAUCGGGCCAUGACAAUUCGGAACUUCUACGAGUUCGCGCAUAGUUUCAACCAAACUGUUAAUAUUGCUUAUGCGCGCUUCAGCAACGAAAGGAGACAGCAAGUUGUGGAGCAGGAACAGCGUGGGGCGGAGUCUGCGCUUGAAGAACUGCAAAAGCAGAAACGAAUACUUGAAGAGCGGUUGGAGGAAAUGCAGAAGCAAAUAGUUAAGGAGCAGGAGAGGCGGGCGCGUUUGCAGAAUGAAGCAGAUGAAUUACGUAUGUCCAGGGAUCCGUCUUUGCGGGAAGAAGAACAACGAUUACUCGAGAAGGAAGUGAGUGUGUUCCAAUACAGGAAGAAACUUCUGCAAGAAGAAGUGGAUUAUGAGAAACUGGUAGCAGAGCGUCGUCGCCGGUCGGCGGCUGUAAUGGGUCACACUAAAAUGCUUCCCCAAACAUUCAAAUAUGGGUACGACAUUCAUGACUGA